AUGGCGUCGGUGUGGAAGCGCCUGCAGCGCGUCAACAAACGCGCUGCCAAGUUCCAGUACACGGCGUCCUACCACCGCAUCGACAUUGAGACCACGCCGAAAUGGAAGCCAAACAAACUGAGCAUUGUAUGGACGAGGCGUUCACGGCGCGUGGUCACCGAACCUGUGGAGUGGGAGCCGUCACUGAAGGACCCUCUCAAAGGAUCCGUUAUAUUCACCGUUCCGGAAAAUCAGACAAUCACCGUCACUCUGUUCAGAGACCCCCGGACCAAUGAGCUGGAAGAUAAGGAUUGGACCUUUGUGUUGGAGGACGUAUCGCCAACGGGCAAACGGAGACGUAUGGCGACUUGUGUGCUUGACUUGCGGAAGCACGCCUCGCUGUCUGCAGCACAGCGAACACUGCGUUUGCAGCUUGAGCCUUCUGCACGCAGACUGAGAGCCGCCUGUUUGCAUCUCACACUGCACUCCGUACUGCUGCGAGAGGGACAGGCCACGGAUGAAGAUAUGCAGUCCUUAGCGUCCCUGCUCUCAGUCAAUAACAACUCAGAUAUUGCAGUUUUAGAAGACUUGGACGAAGAUGACUAUACUCUGUCCGAUAACUCAACUAGACAGAUGCUUGAUCUCCGACAGCAAGUGGAAGAAAUGACCCAAAGUCUAACAAACAGCGAUAUCGCGGCCACACCAAACAGCGUGCAAAGUCUCAACUUUGACAACUCGACAACUCCAACAGCUCCAAUAACACCAGACACCAAUUCACCGACAACUCCUACGAACCCAACUCCCAAUAACGCAGUUGACCUUGAGCCUACUAAAGUCGAAAUGUCCAAUAAUAGUAAAAGUAGACCGGAGUAUUUGAGCAAUUUAACAAAAAUGGCUAUGAAACCUGAACAACAACCUAAAUUCACCUCCACCCCUAAUAAAGUUAGCAAUAAAAUUAUAGAUGACUUGCCGGUAGAUAAUCUAAAAGCGAUGCAGUUUAAACCGAUGACUAUUGCGAAAAGGAACCUUAAGCCUUUAGAGUUAAAGACCAAUUUAAAUAAUAUCGCUUUAGAUACGAAUGAGAAUGAGAGAGAAGAGGAUAGUGAGAAAACUCCUAUAGGUGAUAUGGAAAAGCUGUUCCCUAUAAAGGGUCUUGAUAAGGAUAAAACUCCAGUACAAGACCUAUUGGAAUGGUGUCAGUCGGUUACGCGAGAGUAUCGAUCGUGUCGAAUCACAAAUUUGACAACGAGUUUUCGUUCCGGACUAGCCUUUUGCGCGAUCAUACAUCGUUUUCGUCCGGAUUUGAUAGACUUCUCCGGGCUGCAGCCGGACGAAGCGGAGAGAAAUGUCCGCGUGGCGCUGGAUGCCAGCGCUCGGCUCGGCAUCUCGCAGGUGCUCUCCGCGGCCGACGUGUGCGCGCGCCCCGCGCCCGACAAGCUCGCCAUCAUGACAUAUCUGUUCCAACUCCGGGCGCAUUUCACCGGCAACGAGCUACAAGUGGAACAAUUGGGCAACGACGAAGCCGAGUCAUCGUACUUAGUGGGUCGCCACGACACGGACGGCGAGGUCCCGCGUGAACUGUUCAGCCGGGAGGUCAGCGCCAGGCGUUCCAGGAUACGUCCCGACCGACCCACACCCGGAUCGCAGGAUCCGGAGUCCCGUUCUCAGGAUCGGUCGAGUCCGGACAAGUGUAGCUCGCCGACCGCUAUUAAAGACGUGCGCGAUAUGUUGAUGCGGGAGUCCAAGAGCAUUUUGGGCAAGAUGCUGUCCCCGGCCAGGGACCAGAAGCUCAAGGAAUCCAACACCAAGUGGUUCACAGACCCGCUGAAGGUGGCCGAGCCUAUUCCCGCUCGACCUGAGAAGUUAAUGACAAGGAAGGAGCUCACCGACCCGUUCGGCUCUGAUGAAGAGGAGGAACCAGUGCCUGCCCCUCCAUCACAGGAGACGACAAAUGGCACUGCUAAAAUAGAUUUCAAACCAACGAUAGAACCAGCCGUAACGGAUCCGCUGACAGCAAACAUUCAGCCGGAGAACUGCCCACAACAACAACCUUAUACCCAGUCCCAGCCCCAGACCCAACCUCAACCUCAACCCCAACCGCAACCCCAGCCACAAAUUCCUUCCCAGCCUCAGCCCCAGUCACAAGUGCAACCUCAGCCUCAAACCCAACCUCAGUUCCCGGCACCGGACCUGCCAAAACCGACACCGCAACUGUUGUCGCGCCAUGAUGAGCUUAAAGAGAGAGCGAGACAGUUGCUAGAAGCCACUAAACGCGAGGCAAGAGAAAAGGAAAGGAAUAGAAGGCAGAACUCGAAAGAGAAGGAGGAGGGAAAUAAGACUGAAGCCUUAAAUGGGCUAAGGAAUGGCGAGACAAGUCCCAGUAAAAAGCCCAUGACAGAGGAAGAGAGACAAGCGAUGCUACGCGAGCGAGCGAGAAAGCUGAUAGCCGACGCACGAGCUGGCAUAGUGAGUCCGACGUCCCCGCUGUCACCUUCCCGCAACCGUGGAACUGUGGAGAUCAUCAGCAAGCAGUCCGUCAUGGAGGAACUGGCUGCAGCGGGCGGCAUGGAACAAUUAGAAGCGAUGUCCCGAGCAGACUCCCCUCCGAGUCCCGGUUCCAGGAGUUUUGGGAGUGUGGAUCGAUCUGAGGAGAGACAAAGUGACACACGCAGUGUAAGAAGCACUUCGCCCAACGAGGGUUCCCGUCGAUCGCCACUUCACUCAUUCUCCGCGCUUGUUGACCGCCUGGCGCCUGAUGGAACUGCUGCUGAUGAGGGCAAAGAAACAGGCUCUUACAUCGCUAGUGAGCUGGAAGCGCUGGAGAAGGAACAGAGUGCUGUCGACGAGAAGGCGGCCGCCCUCGAGAAGCAGCUGCGACGCGUCAUGGAGUCUGCAGACAACACCGAGGAAGAAGACAGACUGAUGUCGCAAUGGUUCCAUCUGGUGAAUAAGAAGAAUGCGUUGCUGCGGCGACAGAUGCAGCUCAAUAUACUCGAGCAAGAAGAGGAUCUCAGCAGACGAUGCGAGUUAUUGGCGAGGGAGUUGAGGCUGUCCCUCGGAGUGGACGAGUGGCGCAAGACUCCUGGACAAAAAAGGCGCGAGAGAUUGCUGCUGCAGGAGUUGUUAUCAGCGGUGAACGAAAGGGACAGGCUUGUACAAGAGAUGGACGAACAAGAGAAAGCGAUAGCAGAGGACGAUGAAAUUGAAAGAAACUUAUCAAAUGUGGAGAUACAAAGGAAAAACAACUGUAUUUUGCAGUGA